AAUGCUGAAUCUUGGCCACGCCCACUGACACUGAGCUGCCACAGCUCUCUGGGCUUUUCCCACCAUUUGUCACUUUGUAGAUACUGACAUGUGAUAUGCGAGAGACCGUUUUGAUUUAAAGAACUACGAGCUGACUGGGAUCAAAAUGUCAUCAUGCAGCGUCCUUGCCUCGUUGUCAGAGGAUCAUUUCCAGUGCUCGCUCUGUCACAACACUUUCAGCGACCCGAUCACGACUCCGUGUGGUCACAGCUUCUGCAGGACCUGCAUCCACGAGCACUGGGACGACAGCGAGUUCUGCCACUGCCCAACGUGCCAGAAGAGAUUCCACGGGAGGCCCGAGGUCUGCACUAACGCGCUCAUUGCAGAGAUUUCGGUGCAAAUUAAGAGGAGAAAAGUGGAGGCAUGUGAAACGUGGGAGGUGGAGUGCGACGUGUGCACGGAGUUCAAGCUCAAGGCCAUGAAGUCGUGCCUGGUGUGCGUGACGUCGUACUGCGAAGCCCACCUGGAAGCUCACCUCAGGGUUCCCUCACUGAUGAGACACAAGUUGGUUGACCCGGUGCGGGACCUGGAGGAGAGGAUCUGCGUGAAGCACCAGAGGAUCCUGGAGCGUUUCUGCAGGACUGAACAGGUUUGCAUCUGUCAGCUGUGCAGCGAGAGCGAACACAAAGACCAUGAGACAGUGACUGUGGAGGAGGAAGGGGCUCGGCAGAAAGAAACAAUGGAGUGCAAAACAGCAAAAAUAAAAACGCUGAUUGAGGAAAGAAGAGAAAAGAUCACAGAAUUUACUAACUCUUCAGAAAUGCGUAGAGAGAAAACCACGAAGGAGAUUGACGACAGUGACGCACUAUUCAAAACUCUGAUGAGUCAAGUGCAAGAGAUGCGACAUAAACUAAAAUCAAACAUCGAGCAGAAGCUGAUAAAAUCGGAAGAAAAGGACGCAGAGAUGAUUCACAAGCUGAAUGAGGAAAUCGCAGAGCUGCAGAGAAAACAGUCAGAGCUGGAGGUGCUUUCACAGAGUGACGACCAUCUCCGCCUGCUGCUGACUUUGCAGGCCGUGACCAACCUGGCCAGCACCAAGCCCUGGUCCAGCACCAGGGUCUACUCGGACCUGUGCAUGCAGACAGCCAGGAGAGCCGUGGGUCAUCUGGUGAACCAGUUUCAAGCCCAGCUGAAAGCGCUGACACACGCAGAAAUCACCAGAAUGAAACAAUAUAAAGAGUCAGUCACCUUUGACCCAGUCACUGCUGGCGGUCGCCUUGUGAUAUCGGAGUGGGGGAAGCGUCUGAAGCACUCUAAAAAUGCACCUGCUCCAUCGUCUGCGGACCUGCAGAGGUUCACGCUUCCCAUGGUUUUAGGGACCAACGGCUUCACCUCGGGACGGCACUACUGGGAAGUCCAAGUGGGCCUGAGGAAUGACUGGGAUGUUGGCGUUGCCAAGGAAACCGUGCCAAGGCAUGGGGAAGUCAGUGUUCAAAGAGACCACGGAUUCUUUUCUAUUGGAAAAACAGCUUUUGAUUAUGAAGUUAACUGUAAACCACACAUAGUCCUUCACCUGAAUCCAAGGCCACGAAAUAUAGGCGUGUAUGUGGACUAUGAGGAAGGAAGAGUCUCCUUCUAUGACGUGAAUGAGAAGCUGCACAUUCACUCUUUCACAGGGGAGCAUUUCACAGAGAAACUGUUCCCCUACUUUUAUUUGUACAGCAAGGCAAAGAAAUCGGAGCCUCUUAUUAUAACUUCAAUGGAAACAUGAGAAUUUCUUUUCCAAGGAGAUAAAAAAUAAAGUCUCAAAAGAUAAAAAGUUUGGUUAAACCCUCGGAGGACCUGGACCUGGGGAACUACGGCGGAUGUGUUUGAAGUGUGUUUUAAUACUGCAGCUACAUCAGUUUUCUCUGUGCCGCCACUGAAUUUAAGGUCCAGUGAACUUUAGCAAACAUCAUUCUUAGCAAGUUGAAAACAACAGAUCAGACUUCAGACAACGGGGGUAAAAAUGGCUUCCGAUUUCCAACUAGGAAAUAAUAAUAACUUAGCUGAGACCACCUGUUCCUGCCCCAGAUCUGAUCACCUUGACCAGGUGUGUUCAGUCACAGCCAGCUGACACACCUGAUGAAGGUGACCAGCAGGGAGAGUUGGAAAACCAGCAGGACGGUGGCUCUCGAGGACCAGGUUUGGCCAAAAUAAAUAUAAAUACAGCGGAUACAGGUUCAGACGCAUGGAUUUAGUGGCAUCUAGUGGACAGUUAUACUAGAUGCUCAGAGAGUUAUUUUACAACACUGCCAUAAAAACAUAUUUCUGUAUUGCUCAUUUCUGGUAAAUGUUUCCUUGAACAAUCAUUAACAUGUGAUCAACAUAAUAACAAUAA